GCUCCUUUCAAAAUUCUUUGUCCACCGGCAUUUAUACCUCUCCUCCAUUUCGAAAUAAAUCGUUCUCCAGUCUUUCUCUUUAUAGUUUCAUAUAUGUGCCAACUUGUGAGAUUCAGAGGGAAAGGAAGAACUUAGAGAAAUGUUGUCCAGCCGGGAUAUUCUCAAUUUUUUUGUGAACAAAGAUGUUAGGAAACUGCUUAAGCGCAAAGGUAGUGAUGCGAACGAAACAGGAAGAGCUCUGGAAGAGUUGCGAGCCUCCCUGUUUAACGAUUUUUGCUCAUCCGAAAAUGCAAAACGUCUACAGCAACGUCUUUGCACUCCAAGUGUUGCUCUUACAUUCAAUUUUGUGAUUGCUAUUGGUAUUAUUUUCAUGAACAAAUGGGUGCUAAAAAAUGCCGGAUUCCAGUUCCCCGUACUUCUCAGUUUUAUUCAUUACGUAGUAACUUUGGCAUUGAUAGCCAUCCUAAAUGCAUUGUCUUUGAUUCCUCCCUCUCCUCCUCUAAAAUCGGCCCCUUUAUUUACUCUUGGACUGGUUAUGUCUCUUUGCACUGGCCUUGCUAAUGUCAGCUUGAAGUACAACAGCGUCGGAUUUUAUCAGAUGGCCAAGAUCGCUGUUACGCCGACAAUUGUUCUGGUAGAAUAUAUAUGGUACAAAAUGAAGGUUUCUUUCCCCAAGGUGGUUGCACUUGCAGUUGUAUCGAUCGGUGUUGCUGUUGCAACCGUGACUGAUCUGCAGUUCAACCUCUUCGGUGCUAGCGUAGCAUUGUCUUGGAUAAUUCCAAGUGCCAUAAGCAAGAUCCUCUGGUCCAGUCUGCAACAGAGGGAGAAUUGGACUGCUUUGGCGUUAAUGUGGAAGACGACGCCCAUCUCUUUGCUUUGUCUGCUCAUCAUGAUUCCCCUCUUAGAUCCUCCCGGAGCCUUCUCCUACAAUUGGAAUUUUAUUAACACAUCCAUGAUCUUAAUCUCUGGUGUUUUCGGCUUCUUGCUUCAGUGGUCAGCAGCUUUGGCUCUCGGGGCAACGUCAGCCAUCUCCCACGUGGUUCUUGGACAAUUUAAAACGUGCGUGCUGCUUCUGGGAAAUUAUUACAUCUUCAGUUCAAAUCCGGGCACAACCAGUAUCUGUGGAGCCCUUGUAGCUAUUUCUGGUAUGUCGUUUUACACGUACCUCAAUUUACAAAAUGGGAAGCUGAAAUCAGAGAAAGGAUCUCCUCGAAAGGACGAGCACCAAGAAAACAAGGAUAGCCGUGAUGCUUUUAAUGGAGAAUCAAUUUAGUUGGAUACGUACUUGUUCCCAUGCAGACAUAUCUCAGAUAAUAUGAGAAACUUAAUUCCUCAUCAGUCAGCCAAUGUUUAAGCUAAACUUUUACAUUCCAUGUUAUCAUUAAUGUCAAUUGCAUUUUUUAUAUAUUUAUUGGUUACACAAGUCUGAAUAUAUGUUCUUUUUAAG